UUCGAGCAAUGUCUCGGUUAUUCUUCUUUGCUGUGAUCAUUUUACUGUUCAAGUUUUCUAUCGUCAAUCCCAAGGAAACUUUCAGUUCUGUUUACCUCGAUGGAGAAAAAGCAUUUAAAUUGUAUUGGGCUUACAAUGAUAGCACCGAUAUAGUCAACUUUGUUUUGCAAGUUAAUACGCUCGGAUGGGUCGGUUUCGGAUUUGCCAACAAAAUCAACAGAAUGAAAAACUAUGAUGUGAUUGUUGGAAAGGUACAAAAUAGAAGGGGAUCAGUCACUGAUCGUUUUACCAGGGGUUAUUCAGAACCUUUAGCAGAUCGAAACCAGGAUUAUAAUCUAAUAGGUUUCAACGAAAGCAACGGCAAAACAUUCCUGGAAUUCUACAGAAAAAGAGACACAGGCGACAGUAAAGACGUUGAAAUCAAGCCGGGACCGAUGCUUUUGGUGUACGCCCACCACACACUAGAUUAUCCAUCGCCCUAUAAGACAAAGCACGAAAAGCAAGGCUUCAAAAUGGUCACCUUAAUCCCAGCAGACACGGGCACAACUCAGGCACCUGAACGCAGCACUAACGUCAAAAGCCUGGCAGCGAAUAACCGAACGGAAACCACCACACUAACGUCCUUCACAGCUACAUCGGAGGAGAACAGUAAAGCAAGAGUUCUUGGAUCCAUAUCUUCACGCGCUCGCGGUUCAACUUUCCUAUCGUUCUUUCUUUCAUUAUGUUUAUUUGUGCAAUCACAAGUCAUUUUUUGAACAUUCCACCCAAUUUAUUCUCGUCGUUGUUAUUAAAUCUUGGCCUCCUAUUUCGAGGUUCCUCUUCGCCCACAAUAUGUGACGUGAAGGUACUUCAUCAUUGCAAACACCUUGGCUACAAGCAUCUGUGAUUUGUGACUUGAAAUUAAUAAUUCUGUGUUGUAGUACAGACCUACAUAGAGCACGCACCUUUCUCAUUAGUUGAAGGUAAACUUCAAAGUAAUGAUGGAUUAUGUGUCAGAAAGCUUGUAGUGAUUUGUGACUUGAAAUUAAUAAUUCAUUGUUGAAGUACAGACCUAUACAGAGCACCUUCAGUCUCAUUAGUUGAAGGUAAGCUUCAAAGUAAUGAUGGAUUAUGUAAAGAGUCCCACGUAUACCUUGCUGCUUCCCUUUUGAACUCACUGAACAUAGACUAGAAAGACUGAUUUCAUUGGGAUAUCUUAUUUAUCCAAUUUUCCCAGAGCUGCGCUUUAGUAAAUAACUUCAUCUUCUCCUCAGCGACGACAAUUACCAAUGUUUUGUAGAGGGGUUCAGUAAUUCUAAGAAAUAGAUGGACCUGUCUGCCAUGUGGAUAGAUCCAAUCACCUCCACUAUCUGAAUCAUCUAAUGAAUUGCUUACAUCAGACAGCACCCGCAUUUAAUGUUCAUGUUUGAUUAAAUCUAAAAUAAAGACUCAGUGCUCUCAGUUGAAA